AUGGGGCGGCCAGCCGGGUUACUGCUCGCCCUCCUGGCCGGCAUGGUUGCGGGCGACGACCUGGGCCUCUCCAGUGGCAAGACGCAGAACGGACUCAUUGGAUAUGGCAUUCGACUAUACGAGCCGGCAUGUGCCCAUGCAUGCUGGGACACCAUCGCUUACAUGACCAACUGCACAGCCGACAUGUCAAUAUCACGAUUCCUCAACCCCGACGUGGCCGGACCAGACAGGAAUACGGGACAGGAAAAUGGGACCGAAACAAAGCCCUACUGCAACGCGGAAUACGAACCCUAUCUGGAAACGCUGGCGUGGUGUAUACACCAGGAAUGUAAGCAAGAAUCGGAACUCGACCUGGAGCGGUUCUGGUGGGAUGAAGGCCCAGGAAAAGAUAACAGCUCGAUUGAAACAUAUUCUCAAAUAUGGGCGCGGGUAAAACAUACUCAGAUGCAUCCGAUCGACCAACACGCCACUCUCAACUACACAGCAACAGUGCCCUACGAUGCGUGGAAGCCCAGCUACGACAACAUUGUCAGUCUGACAAGGAUAGAGAUUACACACGAGAAAUACGCCUUGAUUCUAUUUCUUUCCUGCGCCCUGAUACCCAUUGGCAUGUCGCUGCUUCGCUUUCUUCCCUGGCCGGCUACCUUCGUCUCCCGAUUACACGCCUACGUCAUCGAUCCUCCCCUCAUCGGCACGCGACAGAACGAACUCAUCAGCGACGUCUUCAUGAUGCCUACGCGAGGGCAGGCAAUGUUCAUCGCGUAUAUCUGGAUCAUCAACAUCGUCCUCUCUGGCACGGGGUACUGGUUCCUCCCCGGCAGCUACUGGUAUAAGAACGAUACGCAUCAGCAGCUGACGCACGUCUCCAACCGCCUGGGCAUGCUGUCAUUUGCCAACCUCCCACUGCUCAUCCUCUUUGCCGGCCGCAACAACGUGCUCCUGUGGCUGACCAACUGGCCGCGCACCACGUUCCUGAUGAUGCACCGCUGGAUCGCCGUCAUCUGCGUGCUCGAGGGAGUGCUGCACAGCUUUCUCUUCUUCUACGCCUACUCGGUCAGCUGGUACGCCAUGACGAUGAGCGUGCUCGUCACGCAGGGCUACUGGCUCUGGGGCGCCACGGGAGUCAUCGGGCUCCUCGUGCUCGUCGUCACCGGCGUGCAGCCGAUCCGCCGGCGCGCCUACGAGCUCUUCGUCGUCAUCCACAUCGUGGUCACGAUGCUGGUCAUCGCCGGCUGCUACCAGCACGUGGUGCUGCGGUUCGGGCGGCAGCGCGGUUUCGAGACGUGGAUGUACGUGGCGAUCUCGGUCUGGGGCUUCGACCGCGCGGUGCGGCUCGCGCGCGCGUGUCGGCGCGGCGUCCGCAAGGCGUAUAUCAGCCCCGUCGACGCCGACUACAUGCGCGUCGACAUCCCGGGCGUCAGCGCGCGGGGUCACGUCUACCUCCAUUUCCCGACCAUCAGCGGGUGGCGCGUGUGGGAGAGCCACCCAUUCUCAGUCGCCGGCAGCAGCUGCGACAACACCAACAAGUCCGGGUACGGGAUGGACCUGGACAAGGCGAUCUGGCCGCCGGCCGGGGACGCACUGUCAACGCCGACGCACAUGGCCACGUCGUCGUGGGCGCCGCCGUCGUCGACGGCGCGGCGCAAGACGGGCGUCACGCUGUUCAUCAAGAAGCAGCGGGGGCUGACCGCGAAGCUCGGCGCGUUCCACACGGGCGACGUCGGGAUCCCAGUGCUGAUGGAAGGCUCGUACAACGAGGAGGUGACGUUCCUGCAGGACAACCACGUGCAGCCGACGCCCGAGUACCAGAACAUGAUCUGCUUCGCGGGCGGGGUGGGCAUCACGGGGGUGCUGCCGUUCCUGGACAAGUUUGGCGGGCUGACGAGCCGCGGGUCGAAGCGGCUGUUCUGGACGGUGCGCAGCAUGCCGCUCGUGUACGCGGUCGAGGACAUGCUGGGCGCGUACAGCGGCGCGCAGGGCUCGGAGCGCCGCUGGGGCGACGUCGACGUGAGCGUGUCGUUUGGCCGGUUCAGCAUCGGCAGCGCGCUGCGCGAGCACCUCGACUGGGUCGCGGGGGGGACGGUCGUGGUGGUGUGCGGGCCGGCGGGCAUGGCCGACCAGGUGCGCGGCCUGGUGACGCGCCUGGCGAAGGAGCCGGAGCGCAGGGACAAGCCGCUGAAGCUCAUCGUCGAGAGCUUUGCGUGGUAG